CGUCCUGUAGAAAGUUGAUAAACAAUUUUGCAAACCUAUCUAGUUCCGUUUGUGAAGAGAUGAAGUCGGUUUAUUUACUUCACUAGACUCAGUUUUUGGCGCUGAUUUCAAAUGUGAUGUUUUUAUUGUAUAAAAGAUGAGUUCUGGUGGAGAAAAUUAAGAAUUACGGGCAGAAUUUCGAUUUCUUCGCUGCCGAUCUAAAAAAAAUGAAUUUUCUUAGUGACGAAACAAAAUAAAACAAAGCGAUUUAUACUUUUUAAGCGCGUUCCAUGACGAUUCUAAUGAAGUAAAAGAAUCGGUUUCAUCUCUUCACAAACAGAACUAGAUAGGUUUGCAAAAUUGUUUAUCAACUUUCUACAGGACGAGUUCAAGACGUCCAUACUAGAUAGAUCUUUGACUUCAAACUCGAUCAAGUAUCAUUCUCAUACUCAGUUCUUGAUGUUGAAUAUGAAAAAAGAACUUUCAAAAAGGUAGAAGAACGAAAAAGAAAAAAAUUUGAGUGUUUUGAAACUGACCGGUUUUUGAAAUUUUAGACCCUUCGAAUUUUUCCAGUCAUUCGACAUGAAAAUAACUUUUUCAAACAUUAAAACACAUAUUUUCUCCCUAGAUCGACAAGCUCUAUCCAACAAUGUAUAAAAAAUGCAAAAUAAAAACGUACUGAAUUUUCGAAUUCCGGCACCUCAUAACAUUCGGUAACUAUGCAUGGACUACUGACUCUUACAUAGAACUAUCGUCACCUUAUAUUUAUUUAUUCAGACGAAUCAUCCGCUCUAUCAAUACGUCAGUCUUCCGUCGGACAUUUGAAUACUACAUAUUCAACACCAGUCGCUAAUGUUCUCACAUUUUCUCAACCGUCAUUUUUCCAAGAAGGUGAACAAUCUUCACCACGUCGAUUACAGCAAUGUAUAACAGGCAAGACUCUAAAUUCAACAGAACAACCCCAUUAUUCAGGUUUCAAAUUCGAAUUCGAAGAAUGUAACAUGAUGCAAGAACAAGAGUCAAGUUAUACAGCCACUAAACUAUCUCCUCAUUAUAUUCCAUUACCUGACACAGUAUUCCCGCAAGUAACUCUCCAAACAGUGUUUGAUGCUACUAAAUAUAUUAGUAAAUGUUUUACGUGUAAAGUAAACGCUGGUAUUGCUGUCUGUUCCGGAUGUUCAAAUGUUUUUUGUCGCCAGCAUUUUAACACUCAUCGACAAUAUUUGACUGAUGAUUUAAACGCGAUUAUUCAAAAAUAUGAUGAAAAACUUGAACAAUUAACGCCCAUAAAAACAAAUAGUAAAUUACCAAGUAUAAAUCGUUUAUUAGAUGAAAUUAAUGAUUGGGAACUAUUGAUGACGAAAAAAAUAAGAAAUGCUGGUGAUAAUGUUCGUCAAUAUAUUGAUAAUCUAUUGAAUCAAUGUCAAAAUAAAUGUAAAAAAAGAAUUGAAACUGUUACAAAUAAAUUACGAAUUCGAAAUACGGCUGAUGAUUAUGAUGAACAAGAUAUUGCAGGAUGGAAAAUGCAAAUUGAUCAAUUAGAAACUUUAAUUAAAAAUGGUUUUUCAACAGUAAUAAAAGAUAUUCAUCUUGAUAUUAGGUACAGUCAACAAAUUGAUUGGACAAAAAUAAUCGGUAUUCAAGCGAAUACAGUUAUAUCAUUAGAAGAAGGAGACGAAAAACAACAAUAUAUAAACAAUGAUGUAUCAUUGAUAAAAUUUAAUUUUAGCCUAUUAGAAACAAAGCCAAAUGAUAUCCUUGAUAUUGAUAGUGAUUCUUAUGCAAUGUCGACAAACGAUAAUUUAUUAAUCUAUUUUGAUGCUGAACAUAUGUGUCUAUUUAAUCAAGUAAAUAAAAAUACACGAAGUAUACGCUGGACAUUUGGCCAUGUUAAAGAUAUUUGUUAUUGUUCAUCGAAAAAACAAUUUAUUCUUCUUUUAGUCGAUAAAAUUUUGACAUAUGAUCCAGUGACUAAUGAAACAAAAAGUGUUGAUGUAAUCAAAAGUCGAGAUUUUGAACAUUGUGCAUGUUCUGGUGAAACACUAUUAUUUACCUAUGGAAAUAUAGUCGAUGAAUGGAAUACAACAAAAUGGAAAUUAUUACAGAAAUGGGAAUGUCGAAUAUACGAGCAAAUCAAUUGUAUUCGUAUAUCGACAAAUGAAUUAUUUAUUGGUGUUGUUAUUAGUUCAACAAAAUCGAAUUAUAUACGGUUUGAAUUAAGAGAUCGUAUGAUGAAUAUUAUACGUUGGACAAAGUUACAAUCAGGUUGUUCAAGUUUAGUAUCGUUACCAAAUUCUUAUUGGAUUGUUGCAUCAUCCACCAAUAUGGAAUUGUCAAUUAUUGAUGAAUGUACAGAACUUAUAGAUCAAACAAUUCGAUACCAACAUCACAAUAAAACAGAUAUAACAAGUAAACAUGUCUGGAUAUAUAUGGUACAUCAAUUGAGUCUGCGACAAAUAAGUCCCGACAAAUAA